CACACACACACACACACUCCCAAACCCAUUUCUACUUGAGAAAUUGUUCCACACUUAUAGAACCAAAUAGAUGCUUGUGUUAACAAUGUCCGCCCACAACUACUUCACUUUCGAACCGCCUUCAGCCACUGAUAUUUAAAAAAAAAAAAGACAUCGAGCGGUGUGUCGAUUGGUUGAAGCCACUUGGCCGCCAUCUUGGUACUCCCAAAUCAUGCGAAGGACACGGAUUACAGGGCGUAUCUACGUAUGAAGUAUAGAUAGAACCAGACAAGCGCUCGCACUCACGUCACUAAGCGGGAAGUGAACCCACGCCGCCUGCACUCGAGUCCGGCAAAUGGAUCAUCGGUGACGGGAGCGGCUUUGCAUCUGGCAUUUCUGAGGCCGGUAACACUUACCACCCACUGGAGAAAGAAAAUAAAUAAGCUAAGGGUAGCGAUGAGCUAACGUUAGCGACACCUAUAUUGGACCACAAGGAGGAAGACAACAAGGACACCUACCAACCAUUGGGAGUGUAAUUCAAUAACCAACGACAAGCUAACGCUAGCGACGAGCUAACGCUAGCGACGAGCUAACGCUUGGACCACAAGUAAGAAGACUACAACUGCAACGAGGACCGUGGGGACUUAAAGGACGCUGGACUAGUGGACACAACCCUCAAAUUCAACCUUCUCCACUUCUGCCGUCUGAAACACUGCAGGGAAAUUGUGCACUAUGGGUAGCACAAGCCAGUGCAAUCUGGAGGCCGGUCCCAAGGCGACCAUCUGCAGUUCCAAUCAAGAGAUUCAACCGCAGGAGGUCAGGCACAAGAGUCGAUCAACGUGUUCCAUAUUUACGAACUCCAAAGGAGGAGGAAGAGGAGGAGGAUGAAGACCAGGAGGAGGAGGCAAGAGCUGCACUUUACACUAGCGCAACACUGCCCCUGCGCACUUUGGAGGCCGAAAUCAGUACUGCAGCACACAAGAGCAUGCACCUGCAAAAAAAAAAAAAAUGACAGGUGGGUCUUCACCUUUACAUAUCGUGGUAUUCAUGGCAGGAAAUCAUAACAGAUACCGCCAACAUGCCACAAAACAUCCCAAACACUUCCUUACGACUUGAAUGACAAAAGUGUUCCCCUCUGUGCCUUUUCGUGGCACUAAUGCAUAUUAAGUACAAGCAAGCUCAAAUAUUGAGACGUUAAAAAAAGUCCCCGAUCCACACCUAAUCUACUUUUAUGUUGUGUUGCCGCAAACCUGAAUGCUGCCUAACUAGCUACUGAGCUAACAAACAUUGUUCCAUUUGUAAGAAACUCAGGAGCUUACUAAUUAGCUACCAAAUUGACAUUCUUCCAUUUGAAAUGUGUAAGCUAACUCACAGAAGUGACAAGCUAACUAACAAGCUAACCUUGUUCAAUUGGAGCUUGGGCUAAUAAUGCUAAUGCUAAAUGAACUUUUUUUUUGUAACUCCCGCCAUGAAAAUCCUCUCGAGGGAUUUGUUUUGGAGAAGAAGCAGGAAGUGACAUUAGUAGCAGCAGCGCCCUCGGGCUGGCUCGUCUGUUUCUACUAGUUUUACCUGCCGGAAGGUAGCGCUUCGUUCCUUCGUGUUAGCCAAAAUGCCGGCUCGUUGCAUUGCUGGAUAUUGCUCGAACACUCGGGAGGAUGAAUUCAUUCUUCAUACUUUUCCAAAACACCCGGUUCGUUGUGAAAAAUGGAUUGCGUGAGAGCUUCGUGGGUUCCAAAUUACAGGGGUGUGUAUACAACUACUAAAAAAAAAAAAUAAUAGUUUGUGGGGGGGCGGGACGUAAUCCGCUCAGAAUGUAACAAAAGAUCCGGGCACAUAAGUCAGGGGUGCUAAAUGUGUCUGUGCCCGUCGGCGCCGAGCACGGCUUCGAACGAGGGGCGCGGUUUCGGCCGGGCUGGCUCAUACAUACUGUCUGGGAGUCUGUUGUGAUUUAGAAGUGAUCCGCAUAUCAUCUAAAUAUGGCUCGAAACGGUAAUAUUGCCCUGGUCACUUCCCUCGAUAGUGAGAUGUUCUCUUCUUCAAAAAGAGGUUCCAUGUCCCGUAGCAGGUGGCACAGCAUGUUUUCAAUGGCCAAAGUCCCGGUGUAACAUCUGCUGAUGACGUUGCAGACAGUAUGGGUUCCACGUGGAUGUCGAAUGAGACUUCCGCAACUUUGCACAUGGAUCACACGCUCUCCCCUCAUAUUUAUUUUUUCAUAUAGGCUUUGAAGUAAAUAAAGUUAUAUGUAUUUUUCAUUACAAUAUCCAUUUUAGAAAGUUUAUAGGCAUGACAUUGGAGCUUUAAGCGUUCAAGAGGGAUCUUGAAACAGUUCUGAGAACCAUCUGUGUUCUCGCUACUUUUGCAAAGGUCAGAAUUAUGUUCCCGUUGGACUCCUGUUUAUGUAGAGUUUUAGGAAAAAUUGGGGAUGGGUUCACAUUCCGACUAUGAACAAACAGUAUGCUUGUUAGCUUCGUUGAUUUGUCUUGAGGUGUGAAAAAGUGUGUUCAUGUUCGUUGGUCAGUAUGUGCCCUGCGAUUGUCUGCGACCGGUCCGGGCCGUACCCCGCCUCUCGCCCAAAGUCGGCCACCCCGCCCGUGACCCUCACGAAGACGGCGAGAUGCGUAUUCAGGUACGAAUGAAUCAUCUACGCAACAGCGGCGACGCUCGGUUGAGGAUUCAAAUCUGCUUGGUUCAAGGCCAACCCCCACCCAGAUCCUCCCAGAAUCCCCCCCAGCUGCCCCAUCCUAUCAAAAAAAAAAAAAAAAAAAACGUCCAUGAUGGCAGAAUGACGUGUGAUGACACAAGUAUGAAGACAUGGCGGUGGGUGUGUGGAGGGAGGGCGGGGGUCUCGAAGCGGUGGCUUGUAUAUAGCUGAGGCUCACAACCAAGCGGUCCUCAUCAGCAGCAGCAGCAGCAGCGGCAGAAGCGGCUACAAGGAAGUCUCGUUGAAACUUUCACCUCUAUGGACUAACAUCAGGCCGCAUCUGGAAUUUGUCUUGCCUUUUCUUGAGAUUUUUUUUCACUCACUGCUAUUUUAUUUGUUUGAGCUGGCGAGAUGCAGACUCACUUGAGUUGUGUGCUGCUGCUGCUGUGUUUCACUUGCAGUGGACUCUACGCAGAUAUGGAGCAAGAGCAGCAAGCGCUGGGAGAACAACUCCUCAGCAGCCUUUUUUCCUCCAGGCUGAAACAGGCGAGCAAGCAGAGCGCCCCCUACUGGCGGGUAUCGCUGGAUAACCUGUGCCGGUUGGCCGGCGCGCAGCGGCGCGAUGACGAGGAGGAGGAUCGGGAGGAGGAGGUUGAGGAGGAGGAGGAGGAGGCAUGGUGGAGGAGAAGGGGCGAGGAGGAUGAAGAGGAGGAUGAGGAGGGGCAACGGGAAAUGAUGAUGAUGAUGAUGAUGAGGCAGUGGAGCCACCGGAGGAUGGAGGAGCUCCAGAGGCUGCAGCACAUCUGCAGGGCGAUGAUGCACAGUCGUCAGGGGAGGCUACGCCACGAUUCCCGGGAGUACGUCGGGGAAAACGUCAGGGACGCGCCGCUCAAGCGCAAGUCGCCGUACAUCCUCAAGAGGCAAGCCACGCACGCAGCCAAGUCCCGGAGGCCGUACAUCUUGAAACGAAGUGAAAUUUACUGAGCGGCCCCCACCCCGGCCGUCCGUCCCCGAUGCCGCCCAGACCCUCGUAGACCGCGACCGACUUUUUUCCCCCCUUCUCUGCCGCUCCUCUUGCCGAAAUAAAAAGUCGAGCAUCAAACUGAAUGGCGAGCUAUAUUUCUUUAUUAACACUUUUCUUUGAUUUGUUUGUGGACAUUAAA